GAGGGCCGAGCCGGAAAGCGGAAGCCCCGCGCAGCACGUGGGGGAGGCGCCGGUAGGAGACUCACAGGUACCCUCACCCGGUUCGGCGGUGGAGCUGGCUGCCGCGACUGUAGUCCUCUAGGAAGGAGGAGCAAGGCGCGGGAGACCAGAGAGACCCCAAGGAACCCGGAAACCGACCGAGUGCCAUGGAUGGUUCAGGAGAGCAGCCGAGCGCACAGCCCCCGCAUCCUGCGGACCACCGCAUUCGCGACGGCGACUUCGUGGUGCUGAAACGGGAAGAUGUGUUCAAAGCAGUGCAGGUCCAGCGGAGAAAAAAAGUAACUUUUGAAAAACAAUGGUUCUACCUGGACAAUGCUAUUGGCCAUAGUUAUGGAACCACAUUUGAAGUGACCGGUGGAGGAUGUCUUCAGCCCAAGAAGAAAAAGGAAGAGCCUACCUCAGAGACUAAAGAGGCUGGCACUGACAAUCGAAAUAUAAUUGAUGAUGGGAAAUCUCAGAAACUCACUCAGGAUGACAUAAAAGCUUUGAAAGACAAGGGCAUUAAAGGAGAGGAAAUAGUUCAGCAGUUAAUUGAAAACAGUACAACAUUCCGAGACAAGACAGAAUUUGCUCAAGACAAAUAUAUAAAAAAGAAGAAAAAGAAAUAUGAAGCCAUUGUUUCUAUUUUGAAGCCGUCCACUCGUAUUCUUUCAAUUAUGUAUUAUGCAAGAGAACCUGGAAAAAUUAACCACAUGAGAUACGAUACACUUGCCCAGAUGCUGACCUUGGGAAAUAUCCGUGCUGGCAAUAAAAUGAUCGUCAUGGAAACAUGUUCAGGCUUGGUGCUGGGUGCAGUGAUGGAACGAAUGGGAGGUUUUGGCUCCAUCAUUCAGCUAUACCCGGGAGAUGGACCUGUUCGGGCAGCGACAGCAUGUUUUGGGUUUCCCAAAUCUUUCCUCAGUGGUCUAUAUGAAUUCCCCCUUAGCAAAGUCGACAGCCUCCUGAACGGCACAUUUUCUGCUGAGAUACUAUCUUCAGAGGCAAAAGACAGUGCUUGUGUCAGUGGAAGUAAUGGCGUAGUCGAGGACAAGCAGGCUCCUGAGCAAGACGCUGAGGACCCCAUGGCGGAGGCACCAGAGAGCAGUUCUUCAGGAGAACACGAAACUGUGGAAGUUGUUGCCCAAGAUCCAGAGUAUAAGGAGCCUAAAGAGAGAGGAAGCAGAAAAGAUCAUAUUCAGGAAAAGCAGAGGAGACAAGAAGAGCAGAGGAAAAGACAAUUAGAGGCUGCUGCUCUCCUGAGUGAAAGAAAUGCAGAUGGUUUAAUUGUGGCCAGUCGUUUUCAUCCCACUCCGCUGCUGCUGGCUUUAUUGGAGUUCGUGGCCCCGUCCCGGCCAUUUGUGGUUUACUGCCAGUAUAAAGAGCCUUUGUUGGAAUGCUACACAAAGCUGCGGGAGAGGGGAGGAGUCAUCAACCUCAGGCUGUCUGAAACCUGGCUCCGGAAUUACCAGGUGUUGCCAGAUCGAAGUCACCCCAAACUGCUGAUGAGUGGAGGCGGGGGCUACCUCCUGUCAGGAUUCACCGUGGUCCUGGACACCCUUAGAGCAGACACCGGCCUCAGAUGCAGUACAAGCACUUUAGAGUCACUCAAAACAGAGGAGCCGGUGGCCAAAAAACAGAAAUGCACCGAGUCUGAUUCUUAACCAGUUAGGGAAUGCCUUGAUUUGUGUUCUCAGGCAUUCUGCAGUUGAUAAUGAAACCGUAAACGCAUUGCUAGCGGUUUUUCAAUAUCUUGAGAGUAACAGCAUGUCUGCGCUCCCCUGGCUGGGGCAGCAGAGUCAGCCUCUGUGCUCCUCUGCGUGGGGUCAGGGGCCAGACCCCAGCUCUGUGGUGCAGAAUUCCUAACAAGAUCCUGAGUGCGCCUAAAUAUUUUGAGAUCUUUAACACACUGAAUGUGUAUUUAUGUAAGAUUAUUUAUAUAUGAACUAAGUGGAUUAACAAUAUAACUAAAACUUGGUGAGCGCUGAAAGAAUUUGUGGAAGAAAUUUCCUCUGUUCAUUCCAGUCUCUUCACCCAAAGCAAUAUGGAUGUUCAGCUGUAUGUGAGUGGCAGUGCUCAUUCCCUGUGGGGAAUAGGCUUUCCUUAUAAGGAAAUACGCUAAGAUUUACUAUUUUAUAGUUGACAGCCUGGAAGGUUCCAAGUACUUACUGCUUUUGGGGAGUAUAUAGAAGGUUUAGUGUUCGUGGGUACUUUCUUUGCAGUUAUUUGCCAAUUCUUUUUUCUUUUUCUUUUUUUUUCUUCCAGUUUUGUAGAGACAGGGUUCUCCUAUGUAGUUGAGGCUGGCCUUAAAUGCACAGUGAUCUUCCUGCCUCAGCCUCCCAAGUGCUGAGAUUACCGGGGUGCAUCACCAUGUCUAGCAAUUCCCUUACUCUUUGUUCCAAAUAAAGUAGAAUAUUUGUGUAAUAUUUAAUUAAAGGAAACAUUUUUCCACUGUAGAGACUUAAAAGACACAUACAUUCAUAUUGGUGUAUAGAUGUUGAUAUGUACACUUACACAUUUAUAUAUACACACAGAGUGUGCUACCUACAUGGAUAUAUACAGACAUGGAGAGAAUAUAAUAUUUAUUUGAAUUACAAAAGGCGUUUCGUGCAGGACUUGGACAGUUCUCACUGUAUUGAUGUUGCUCCUUGUCAAAUAUAUUUAAAGUGCCUUUUUCUAUUGACCAUUAAUACAGGUCUGCAGUACUGUGCGGCCAUUGGAUAGGUAGCCUCAAAAUUUGACUGUCUAUGGUGGCAGAUAAAGGCUCAGAGUAGCCAUAGCGCUCGUCUGUUUGCACACGUGUGUGACUCUGUAAUCACACUUGUGUGCUGUUCACGUCAGGAGAUGGAGAUCAUCCAGCCCAGAGCAGCUCUGAAAGAUGAGGUUUCUUGUUCCCAAUAACAUGUGCUAUCUAAUACUGGUGUGAUUACCAAUAAGUACAAUUGUGUUCUCCUGUUCUUAAAGAAUAAAAGUGUUUCCUACCUUG